AUGGCACCUCAGAACCUCUCAAUGUGCCCGCCACCGCCCGAGGGCGCGCCGCCGGGCCCGUACAGGAAGGGCGACCUGAUCCAGGGCGUCGCCGACCGCGGGCCCAACGGGCCCUUUUCCCUCCAGGGCAAGGUGCUCGAGGACGACGACCCGUACAGCAGCAGUCCGAGCUCGCACCCGCAGGCCGGCGGCAGAUGGUACGACGUCAGCCACGAGAAGCGCGUGGCGCAGGUGCUGCGGACGCACAUGAUGCGCAUCGAGUGGGAGGAGGUGGGCGUCGUAGGGGGCGGGCAGUUCCAUCUGUGGUGA